AUCUGUAAAGUAUAAAAGAGCUCGAGGCUCCGCUGAGAGAGUAUACAGACAACGACAAACGAGCCACAAGAGCAGCAAAAACAUCAGGAAACAUGAAAUCGAUUGACAUUCCUCUAGUCGGCCUUCUCUUACUCUUCAGCGUUCGGCUCAUGGGUGCGUUCCCGCUACAAAACACAGCCUUAACCACCGAGGACAGGGAUGUCUUAAAGCUUCUUCUACAGCGACUGGAGGAGUCCAUUCCCGCUUCUUCUCAAGAGCAAACACUGAAAGUGGAAGAAGAGGAGGAUAAUCCUGAAGAAACCCGCAUUGAACCUCAACCCAAGACUGACAUGAGGGACUAUCUGUCUGCUCGGAACUUGAGGACAGUCCGGCAGGACUCCAAGAGACAUUCCGCGUGUUUCGGGAGCAAACUGGACAGAAUUGGGUCCAUGUCGACCCUGGGCUGUAACCCAGCCGGACGCUCAGGUUCUAAGAAGUGGUGAAGUCUUAAUGAUUAGGAGCUUCUACGCUGCAAAAAAAAAAAAAAAAAACUUUUAGUGCUGGUAUUACUUUAAAGAGUUAUUUCUCCUUGAUCUGACCUUACAAUGACUUUUGUUAGUGUAACCUAAUGUAUUCAAGUUUAUUUAGUCAUAUUAAAUUAUAUUUUUGACAUCAACAAAAAAACAAGAUGUUCCUAUCAAAGCACAUUUUUAGGUUACCUGACAAAAUUGAUUUAUUUAAUUUCAUUUUAUUUUUUACUGUUAUUAUAUAUGACUCCAGAAAUUGUUCUUAAUCAUGCAUAUUUAUUUAGAUAUUUAUUAAAUUGUUUAAAUAGUCCAGUUAUAUAUUUAUAUGCAUAUUUAAUUUAAUUGUCAUUCAGAUCAGUUGUAAUAAAUGUUUACACAUGCCUUGGUUUCAGAAAUCUC